GGUUGAACAACGGAGACCCACCUUCACAAGGUGCUGUUUUUGAUUUCUGUGGCCACAUCAGGGACUGGCACUCGUGUAGGCACAAAUGUGGUCCACCCCACUGCUCUUUGUGAGUAAACGCUCGUCCAAGUACAGCACCAAACUGCGCCAUCGUUUCCGCAACCCGUCUGUAAUGCAGCUGAAACAAACCAAGGCGCAGCGCGACGAGACGAUUCGCGCUGUUUUGAACGAACGUCGUAUCAACCCUGGCAACCAGUCCGCCUAUCGCUACGUGGAGCAACGGCUGUACUCAACCGGCUCCCGUCUUGACCGCGAGGGCGUUAAGCUGAACACCACCUACGCCCUCCAGGGGCUGGGCGACUUGGAGCCGCUGCGCAACAGCAAAAACUUCGGCUUUUCUGAAAAAGAGGCCCUCAAGUACGACUCCCCGCAACAGGCGGCCAAGUACGAGGCGCCGCCGGUGCCCUUCACGCCGUUGGCGGCGCGCAAGCUCUCCGAAGGCAAACUCUGGCCGGCCGCCCCUGAGCCGAGUGGGAUGCUCAGCAAAGAGGUGCACCGCCUGCGCCACCGCACGAACAUGUCCCCGUCGGCGCAAGCCUUUUCGGAAAAGAUUGUUUACCACCUUCGCCGCUCUCUCAAGGCCUGCCCGGCGCACAUUGCAGAGCAGAUGGACUUUACACAGUUGAUGAUUCAAGAGGUGCUGGCCUCCCGCCGAUCGAAGGAGGUGUACAUUGUCUGGGCCACGGUCGACCCCGCCGCGCGCUUUGCCUUGGAGCCGCAGUUGCACCGCCUCAACCACUGGGUGCAGCGGCUCAUCAUGGAGCGGAUCCGCACACGACCGAGCAUACCGCAUAUCUCGUGGAUUUACGACGGCGGGCGGCUGGAGCGCGAACUUCCGCGGGGCUUGAAGCAAGAAAUGCACGCGUACGCCAGCGACAACUCCUCCACGCUCGAGAGUCGUGUGAAGUACUUGAAGGAGAUGGACACGGUGAAUCAGCGCAUGCGUGACAUCCCGUGGUUUAUGCCGUAUCUCUGGAACAAGGAAGAUAAGGCGGCCAAGACGCAGCGGAUGCGCAGCGAUUUGGAGGAGUUUGAGCAGCGCCGCGUGGCCGCUAAGAACGAGCAGCGUGAGAGGAAUCGCGACAAGAGCGGGCGUAGUGUUGCCCCGCAGAUCAGUCCGCCCCCAUCUUACGUGCGAUAA